CCAAAUUCAAUUGUAUUGUGAAUCGCAUUCAAAAUGCUCUCUGUGUGGUGGCCACUGUGGAAUGUUGUGCUGUGGUUUCAAGUGGUGCGCAUGAUGCCACAGCUGGACGAGUUUUGUGAACACCACUCGACUAAUACAAUGCACGACUUUUGCUGCGAUCUGCAUGACGAAUCGCCGCAGUUCAGCGACUGUCAAACGGAUUGGCAUGACAAAAUUCACUAUACCACCGAUGAGGAUGAGCUGCUCUAUUUGUAUUGCACGGCUGAAUGCACAUACAAUAGCACCGACUUUCUGGCAGCCAAUCGUCAGAGUCUAAAUUUAAAUCACGUGCGCGAACACCUGGAGAACGACCUGGCCAAUGCGGCGGAUGAAGCGCUGCUCUACGAGGCAUACGUCAAGUGCGACAAGCAUGCUCUAGGACAGCUCGAGCACAAGGACAUGCAAUUGUUGGCCAAACGUCUGACCACAUAUGGCUGUCAUCCGUUUCCGGGUCUGGUGAUGGAGUGCAUGGUCAGGGAGAUGAUAUUAAAGUGUCCAGCGGAGCGUUUUCACAAGACAGCGCAAUGCCGAGUCGUGCGACAAUAUUUGCAAAAGUGCGAGCAACGGCCAAAGAAAUAGAUUUGUGUAGAGAGAAGGAGAUGGAGCAGCAAUAAAUGAUAAUCAU